AUGAAAAAAAUAGCUUUAGGAUUUGUUCUAUUGCUAUUAGUAGUAGUCCUAUGAGUAGGAAGCAGCACUCUUAUCCAAGAAAUCCUCACAAAUGAAAAUUUCGAUAAGCCUUUUUUCUUGACUUACUUCUCGACCUCCAAUUUUUCACUCUAUUUAAUCUCUCUUACUUGAAAACAUAAAACUUUGAAACUAGGCACUUGCCCAGACUUGAAAUCUACCGCGAAAAUAGCUUUGCACUUUUGCCCUCUCUGGUUUUUUGCGAAUUAUUUUUUCAAUCUUUCAUUAUCAUUGACAAGUGUUGCAUCUAAUACGAUAUUAAGCUCAACCUCAGGGAUGUUUACGCUGCUUCUCUCUAUCUUUUUUCUUAAAGAAUCACCUGAAAUUAUAAAGUUUUUAGCUGUUAUAACAGCUACAGGUGGAGUUAUUUGUAUAGGCUUGUCAGAUGAUGAGGGCGGGAGUGAUAAUGCUUGAGGGGAUUUAUUUGCAUUAUUUGGGGCUAUUGUAUAUGCAACUUAUAGUGUUUUUAUUAAAGCAAAAGCUUCAAAUGUAGAUAUGGUGAUAUUUUUUGGAUGUGUAGGGGCUAUAAAUGUUUUUCUAUUAUUUCCUGGGUUUAUCAUCUUAAAUUUUAGUGGGAUAGAGCCUUUUGAGUUUCCAUCAGCUACUACGUUAGGACUAUUAUUUCUCAAUGCUUUAUUUGGCACUGUGCUAUCAGAUAUGCUUUGAGCACUAAGUGUGAGAUUGCUUAACCCUGCAUUAUGCACUGUUGGGCUCUCUUUGACUAUUCCUUUGUCAAUGGUAGUAGAUACAAUGCUGCAUCAAUUUACUUAUUCCGCUGUUUAUAUUUUAGGUGCUUUACUAAUCGUGCUAGGAUUUGUACUUUUGUCAAUUUAUGAAAACCCCAAACUUAGAGCCAAAAUUUCAAAUGAAUCAAUAUUCAAAAUUCUGGGAAUAAAUCGCAAUAAAGAAACCGAAGUUCUAUUAGAGAAGAAAGAAACUCAAGAGAUAUCAAUGACAUAG